AUGGCUAAUAACGAUAACUUUGCACAAGACGUUACUGAAAAUCAAGUAAAUGGAAACGCAGAAAAUGGUGGAGGUGAUGGUGGGUUAGAACAAAACAGUGCCGAUGCCCCAGGACGAGAUGACGACAGAAAACUAUUCGUGGGUGGACUGAGCUGGGAGACCACAGACAAGGAAUUACGUGAUCACUUCAGUGCCUAUGGUGAGAUCGAGAGUAUCAAUGUUAAGACUGACCCUAACACUGGCCGAUCGCGAGGAUUCGCCUUCAUUGUUUUCAAGAGUCCAGAGUCUAUUGACAAAGUAAUGGCUGCAGGAGAUCACACAAUUAACAACAAAAAGGUGGAUCCAAAGAAAGCUAAAGCGAGACAUGGAAAAAUAUUUGUGGGUGGUCUCAGCAGUGAAAUCUCAGAUGAUGAAAUCAAAAGCUUCUUUGGCAAUUUUGGCACAAUCAUAGAAGUUGAAAUGCCAUUUGACAAGACAAAGAAUCAAAGGAAAGGCUUCUGUUUCAUCACAUUUGAAUCUGAGCAGGUUGUCAAUGAACUUCUCAAAACUCCCAAGCAGACUAUUGCUGGUAAAGAGGUCGAUGUAAAGAGGGCCACCCCGAAACCCGAUGGCCCUGGAGGUAUGGGUGCUCGCGGAGGUCGCGGCGGCCGAGGGGCGCGCGGUGGCCGCGGGGGUCGCGGGGGCUACGGCGGCCAAGGCGCAUGGGGCAACCAAGGAUACGGCGGGUACGGGUACGGACAGGGCGGCUACGGCGGCGGGUACGACGGGUAUGGCUACGGCUACGACGGCUACGGAGGCUACGGUGGCUACGGCGGAUACGAUUACUCCGGAUACCCGAAUUACGGUAAACGCGGCAAGCAACACUAG